AUGCCGCCAGCCAAACGAAUCCGGACCAGCCUGACCGAGAGAGCGUGCAUAGAAUGUCAGAAGCGGAAGACGAAGUGCCUGGUUGCCGCACCAGGCACCGAUGCACAGUCAUGUGCCUAUUGUAGCAAAGUUGGGAAGAAUUGCGUCUUCGUGGAGCCAUCACUACGAACGCCACUCACUCGACAGAAUCUUGAUGAUGCUGAGGCACGAUGUGCUCGACUGGAAGCCUUGCUGCAGCGGCAUUGUGACGCCAACAUAGGCAAUCCUCCCAGCAACCAACAAUCGCCAGUCACAGCCGUCACCCACGCCCAGCAUACAGCUGUCGGUGGUAAUGGACCGUUCGAAUGGAGCGAGGCUCAUGACGAUUUAUCCGAACAUGACGGCGACCACCAAGGCGACCAGCAGGAUGGUAUGGCGGCCUUUGGACAUUCGAGCAAAGGUUCAGGAUAUCUCGGAGGUAGCUCAGGUCACGAAAUGCUACAGACGGUGUCCUCAUUGCUACCCGAUCCGAACAAAGUUACGAGUGCGACGCUUGCUACACCUACCUCAAGCAGUGGUCACGAUUAUCUCGGAGCUGGGUUCGCUGACGCAGGAAGCUUGUCCUCAGCUGGUAUUGAGGAUCAGCUCAUCAAUGCCUACUUCAAGGGCUAUAAUGCAUAUUAUGCUGUCUUGCACGAGCAGAGCUUCCGUAAACAGUGCAGUCGACGGCGAUCAAUUCCUCCGCGCUCAUCGUGGCAUAUCGUGUACUACGCCGUACUUGCCAUUGGCGAAUGGAUAUCGGGCCGUGGCGGGAAUGAAGUCCAUUCCUUAUACUACGACGCAGCUCGUGCUCGGCUGACUCCCGAUGUCUUAGAAGCAGGCUCGCUAGACACGAUACAAGCGUUUACGCUACUUGGCAAUUACCUACAAAAGCGAGAUCGACCGAACACUGGCUACAACUACGUUGGCAUAGCCUUACGUAUGGCUAUGGGGCUUGGUCUCCAUCGAGAAUUACCUGCGGCUUCGGAAUCUACACAGAUGCAACGCCACAGAAGAAGAGUCCUAUUUUGGCUUCUGUACAGCAUUGACUGCUGGUUCAAUAUCACGACUGGGCGUCCCGCGCUGCUUUCAGAUACGUCUUACGAUGUUAUGAUACCACCAAAUAUUGACGAAACUGAUCUUCCACUGUCUUCAGACGAGGCGCUGGAUGCAGCUUAUCCAACGACGUGCUCCUUGACAAUUUCCCUGGCUAGACUUACCAGGAUCGCAAACCGCAUAUACGGACAAUUCAUGUGUGGCAGUCAUGCACCGGAUACCAUCAGCCAUCAAACGACCGUAUUGGAACAGAUGCUCCAGGAUUGGCAGGCAGCGCUACCCACUUACUUUACAAGUCAGGACUCACCGGAGUGGUUCCUCGGUCCUCGCCAGACAGUACUAUGA